UUUUCCACGUCAGUGUGUUUACCAGAAACAGAUUGACAGCUGCAGGAAGGUGUACACUUUAUUCACUUAUGGAGCAUUUUUUUGAAGAGUGAAUGAAUAAGCGUUGUUUGGAAAUAUUACGAUAUUACACAGUGGAAUGUCCGGCAUUUUUAGUUUGUCUAUUUGUCGUAGUGAACUGAACUUUGGUCUUCUUCGUUCACUGUUGGCCGGCUAGCCUGCUAGCUUGCCGAGCAAGGCUAGCAUUAGCUACAGCAGGACUCCAUCUUUGAAAUAGCAGCCACACAGAAAAGCAGCAUGGUGGACAAGAAUAUCUACAUUGUCCAGGGUGAAAUUAGCACUGUUGUGGGAGCUAUAAAGAGGAACUCCAGAUGGAAUACACACACUCCACUGGAUGAAGAACAGGACCCAUUACUCAACAGCUUUGGCCAUCUCAAGGAAAUACUCAACAACAUAAAAGAGCUGCCAGAUGUUGAACCCAACGUUUUCUUGAGACCCUUCCUAGAAGUGGUUCGCUCUGAGGACACCACUGGACCAAUCACAGGCCUUGCCCUUACCUCUGUCAACAAGUUCCUUUCCUACGGCCUUAUAGAUGCUAACCAUGAAGCAGCAGCGGAGGCCAUUGAAAACAUGGCAGAUGCUGUCACACACGCUAGAUUUGUUGGAACAGAUCCUGCAAGUGAUGAAGUUGUCCUGAUGAAAAUUUUACAGGUCCUGAGAACUCUACUGCUGACGCCUGUUGGAGCUCAUCUAACCAACGAGUCUGUUUGUGAGAUCAUGCAAUCCUGCUUCAGGAUCUGCUUCGAGAUGCGCCUAAGUGAGCUCCUCAGGAAGUCAGCUGAACAUACACUGGUUGACAUGGUGCAGCUACUAUUUUCCAGACUACCCCAGUUCAAAGAGGAGGCCAAGAGUUAUGUGGGUGCCAACAUGAAGAAGUUGAAGAUGCGUGCCGGUGGAAUGAGUGAAUCAUCAAAAUGGAAGAAGCAGAAACGUUCACCAAGACCACCCCGCCACAUGGUCCGAAGUCCCUCCGGUCAGAUGGACUCAAGCCAGCCCAGCACACUCAGCAACAACAACAUUUCAGGUGGUGUUCCAUUCAUUGAACAAGGCAUGUCCAACUCCAGCCUUCCAGCCUCAGACAACGCUGGCUCUUCAAUUUCCAGUCCUACAACCACAGACAGUGGCCUGGACACCUGUUCCAAAGCCACCUCCAGGGAAGACCUUUCUGACCUGGAACAGUGUAGCUCAUCUGCAACCACCCCUAGCACUGCUACUACACUACCGGGGAAUGACUCGGGCGCUCUGGAUGGACAGUCUGAAAGCAGGCAGGUUGAACCAGUUCAGUCAGCCUCAGUGGAGUCCAUCCCCGAGGUUCUAGAGGACAAAGACUCCAUUACAGAUCAGUCAGACAGCGCCUCUGUCCAUGACAUGGACUACGUAAACCCUCGAGGAGUCCGUUUCACACAGUCUACACAAAGAGAUGGAGCGUCCCUUAUCCCUUAUGGCCUGCCAUGUUUAAGGGAACUUUUUCGCUUUCUGAUCUCACUGACCCACCCCAAUGACCGCCACAACACUGAUGCCAUGAUGCACAUGGGCCUGCAGCUGCUGACUGUAGCACUUGAGUCGGCACACAUUGCUAACUACCAGUCUUUACUCGUGCUGGUAAAAGAUGAGCUCUGCAGACAUCUCUUCCAGCUGCUGAGCAUGGACCGUAUGAACCUCUAUGCUUCCUCCUUGCGAGUUUGCUUCUUGCUUUUUGAAAGCAUGAGAAUGCAUCUAAAGUUUCAACUGGAGAUGUACCUGAAGAAACUGAUGGACAUCAUCACAUCAGAGAACAUGAAGAUGCCCUAUGAAAUGAAGGAAAUGGCUCUUGAGGCACUUGUCCAGCUAUGGAGAAUCCCCAGCUUUGUCACUGAGCUGUACAUCAACUAUGACUGUGAUUUCUACUGCUCCAAUCUGUUUGAAGACCUCACCAAACUGCUGUCCAAGAAUGCAUUCCCAGUAUCAGGGCAGCUGUACACCACACACCUCCUGUCACUGGAGGCUUUGCUUACUGUGAUUGACAGCACUGAAGCCCACUGCCAGGCCAAGGUGCUCAACAACAGUACUCAGCAUGAUCAGUCAGAGACACUGCUGGCAGAGGGAGAAGGUUCAGCCAAAAACGGAACAGACUCUGCAACUGACCCUAAUAGACUGGGCAGUACCAAUGGCCUUCCUCAAGCUGAGAAUCCACCAGUGUGUCCACCCACUAGUGGACAUCUGAUGGCAGAGAAAAUGAGACUGGGUAGACAGGAUCAAGGAGACAAUGAUGCUUCUGAGAAGAGAGUUCCGAAAAAACCUCAACGUUUCUUAACUUGUUUACCCGAUUCGCAGGAGUUGAUAGAAAUUAGAACAAAGAAAAAGCUGCUGAUCACUGGCACAGAGCAGUUUAACCAGAAGCCCAAGAAGGGAAUCCAGUUCCUGCAGGAGAAAGGCCUCCUCAGUAACCCCAUGGACAACAACCAGGUGGCUCAGUGGCUUCGAGAAAACCCCCGACUGGACAAAAAAAUGAUCGGCGAGUACAUCAGCGAUCGCAAGCACAUGGAACUCCUGGAUAGCUUUGUGAACACAUUCACCUUCCAGGGGCUUCGUAUUGAUGAGGCCCUGCGGCUUUACCUGGAGGCUUUUAGACUACCUGGAGAGGCUCCUGUCAUUCAGAGACUCUUGGAAACUUUCACAGACAACUGGCAUAAAGUGAACGGCUCUCCUUUCAUGAGCAACGAUGCAGGCUUUGCCUUGGCCUACGCUGUCAUUAUGCUGAACACCGACCAGCAUAACCACAACGUCCGCAAGCAGAACAUCCCCAUGACUGUAGAGCAAUUCAAGAAAAAUCUAAAAGGAGUGAAUGGAAACAAAGACUUUGACCAGGAUAUGUUGGAGGACAUCUACAAUGCUAUCAAGAAUGAGGAGAUCGUAAUGCCAGAUGAGCAGAUAGGAUUAGUGAAAGAGAACUAUGUAUGGAGUGUAUUGCUGCACCGUGGCGCCACACCUGAAGGUCUCUUCCUCUACCUGCCACCCGGCAGCUACGACCACGACUUGUUCACUAUGACUUGGGGUCCCACCAUCGCUGCCCUCUCCUAUGUCUUUGACAAAAGCCUUGACGACAACAUCAUCCAGAAGGCAAUCACGGGCUUCAGGAAAUGUGCAAUGAUAGCAGCUCACUAUGGCUUCAGUGAUGUUUUCGACAAUUUGAUCAUCUCCCUCUGCAAGUUUACCACCCUGAGCAGUGAGUCUGUGGAAAACCUUCCUACAGUUUUUGGCAGCAACAGUAAGGCACAGACAGCCGCCAAGACAGUGUUUGACCUCGCCCAUCGGCAUGGCAACAUCCUGAGGGAGGGCUGGAAGAACAUUAUGGACUCCAUGCUGCAGCUGUUCAGAGCCGAGCUCCUGCCUAAACCCAUGGUUGAGGUGGAGGACUUUGUGGAGCCAAAUGGGAAAAUUUCUCUUCAACGAGAGGAAACCCCUUCAAAUCGUGGCGAGUCAGCAGUUUUGAGUUUUGUCAACUGGCUGACGCUGAGUGGAGCCGAGCAGUCAGGACUUAGAGGGCCAUCCACAGAAAACCAAGAAGCCAAGCAGGCUGCUAUUCUCUGCAUAAAGAAAUGUGACCCAGAAAAGCUGAUCACAGAGAGUAAAUUCCUACAACUGGAGUCUCUACAGGAGCUAAUGAAGGCUCUGAUAUCAGUCACCCCAGAUGAAGAGACUUAUGAUGAAGAGGAUGCUGCCUUCUGCUUGGAGAUGUUGCUCCGUAUUGUUCUGGAGAACCGAGACCGUGUGGCCUGUGUGUGGCAGACAGUGCGUGACCACCUCUGCCACCUUUGUGUUCAUGCUACUGAGAGCUGCUUCUUGGUGGAGAGAGCUGUGGUGGGACUCCUUCGACUCGCUAUCCGCCUGCUACGACGAGAAGACAUUAGUUCUCAGGUUCUUCUCUCCCUGCGUCUCCUGCUGAUGAUGAAACCUCACGUAUUGGGCCGGGUCAGCAGGGAAGUGGCCUAUGGCCUUCAUGAGCUGCUUAAGACCAAUGCAGCCAACAUCCACUGUACAGAUGACUGGUACACACUCUUCUCCCUGCUGGAGUGUAUUGGAGCUGGAGUGAAACCUCCUGCUUCCUUCCAACUUUCCUCCACUACUAAUGACAACGACACAGGUGCCCAGUCAGAUAGUGAGCUGUCGUCUCAUCAUACAAGUGAAGUGACAUUAGACCGUGGCUACACAUCUGACUCAGAGGUCUACACUGAUCACAGCAAAACUAGGAUCCCUCGCUCCACAACUGAUGUGGAUGUAGCAAGCAGUGGAUGGCUCGUGGUUGGAAAAGAUGACCUGGAGAUGAAUAAGACUCCUCUAGUAAGCUCUAAAGCUCAGCUGACUCACCCACUGGUCAACCAGUACAGUCUGACGCUGGGCCAGGACCUGGGCCAACAUGACACCAAGUCUCUCAUCAAGUGUGUGGAAACGCUCUCUUUCAUUGUCCGCGACGCCGCCCACGUCACCCCUGACAACUUUGAACUGUGUGUUAGAGCCAUACGAGUGUUUGUGGAGGCCAGCCUCAAUGGAGGUUACCGGAACCAUGACAAGAAGAAGAGCCACAAGUAUGACUCCUCCAAGUCCCGAAUAAGGAAGAAGGCAGGGGGCCGGGAAAAGGACGGCGGAGGCAGCACAAGAAGAGGCGGCAGUCGAGCAUCCAGCCAGCGUCCAUCACGUUCCCACAGUGAUGAUGAGGAGGACGAGGGUGUCCCAGCCAGCUACCACACGGUGUCAUUACAGGUUAGUCAGGACCUGUUAGACCUGAUGCACACCCUGCACACUCGGGCUGCCAGCAUCUACAGCUCCUGGGCAGAGGAGCAGCGCCAUCUGGAGGCCUCGGGAAGGAAGAUCGAGGCUGACUCCCAAACUCUGUGGACCAGCUGCUGGUGCCCCCUGCUGCAAGGCAUUGCUUGGCUGUGCUGUGACGCCAGACGACAGGUUCGCAUGCAGGCGCUAACCUACCUCCAAAGGGCACUGCUUGUCCACGAUCUACAGACACUUGACGCAACUGAGUGGGAGUCCUGCUUCAACAAGGUGCUUUUCCCUCUGCUGACCAAACUGCUUGACAACAUCAGCCCAGCAGAUGUGGGUGGAAUGGAGGAGACCAGAAUGAGAGCCUGCACGCUGCUGUCCAAGGUUUUCCUCCAGCACCUCUCUCCUCUGUUGUCCCUCCCAACCUUUGCUGCCCUCUGGCUCACCAUUCUGGAUUUCAUGGACAAGUACAUGCAUGCCGGAUCUAGUGACUUACUGUUGGAGGCAAUCCCAGAGUCUCUAAAGAACAUGCUGCUGGUGAUGGACACAGCAGGGAUCUUCCACAGUGCUGACUCCAAGACAGGAUACUCAGACCUGUGGGAAAUCACCUGGGAACGAAUCGUCUGCUUCCUGCCGAACCUGAGGGAGGAGCUAUUCAAACAGACGGUCAUACAAGAUCCAGGACCCAAUGUACCUGCAGAGCCUGUGCAGCCAGGAAUCCCAGCAGGCCGGCCUCCAUCCCCUCAGGUGUCCAUACCACCUGCCCAGCCCCCCUCCCCUGUCCCAGUCCCAGCAGAGGCUCAGACCUCCAGCAGGCCAGCAUCACCCCAUGAGCUUCAACCAGCCAGUGCCAACGGAUCAGACCGGUCGUCUCCGAUCCCGCCCUCGGUUCCUCCCAUGCCGGUGCCGUUAACAGGAUCUCCUACCCAGGCUCCCACACCUUUGAGCCAGUCCCCCCUCAUCCUGCAGCCCCUCGCCUCUCCCCUGCAGGUGGGAGUCCCGCCUAUGUCCCUGCCAAUCAUCCUGAACCCUGCCCUCAUUGAAGCCACAUCUCCUGUACCGCUGCUGCCUGGUCCCAGACCUACGAGUCCCUCUGACGAGGUCAAGUAAGGGGAACUCCGUCUGCCCUGCAGCUGCAUUACUCCCUCUUUAACAACUGGACCCAGCUAUUACUUUAACAGCUGCUUGUCACCAGGUCUCUGAACUGAUGUACGAGAAGACAACGUGGAUGACUUAUACAACAUUUAAUUUAAAGGAAGAAUCCCCGUAAACAGGUGACAUUGUUGAAAAAAUAGUUGCUGGAGCACCUUGCUUUCUUUGUGCAAUUUUUGUGUUUAUCUUCUAAUAAUGCAUUAGAUAAAUGACUAAAGGGAGACAAUGUACUAGAUAUUUGGAACUUAAAAUAUUGCAUGAAAGUCAUUCUAGGAAAAAUAAUAAGUCAAAGUAUGAUUGAGGCUCCCUUAAUUCAAAAGUCCCGGCAGGUCUAUAGCACUGAGAGCGCCACCGUUCUGUCCUCACUCAUUUUGGGGGAGACUUUGGGUUUGGGUUUUGGCAACCUGGGGAGAGUUUAUGUUAUAUCACUUGUGGUGGAAAAUUUACUUGCAGAAUCCAUUACUUUUAAACUCAUUGCAUUAUGUAUAUUUUAAACUGAUACAAUAAAAAAAACAAAAACAAAAAAUUCCCCACUUAAUUUUUAUUCUUUGAAAGGUAAGGAAGGCUUUAAAUUGUAAGUCUGGUGACGUUCUGUAUUUUAGUUACUGUCUUAAAGUCUCUUCUAAAGACCAAAACCAAUAACAUGUUUGUCCAUCUCAGAAAAAGAGGUUCAGUAUCUUCCUAAAACAUCUGUAGUUUUUACUACACGAAUAUGAGGACGGCAGUAGAACCCUAUGGAAUGGAGGAAGAAGACAUUAGGUUUUUAUACACUAACCAUACUUAGUUGGAUUUAUUUUGUUUUGGUUUUGCUCGGCCAACAAGAUCCGUUGGUGACAAGAAAAGCUACCAGCUAUGAGGAAAAGUACAUUUAUCCACACCUCUGAUUCUGACUCCUGAGUGAACAGUUUUCUGAUAUGAGGAUGUAGUUAUUCCUAAUGCCAUCAACAUCAGGUUCAUGUAUUCAGGAUUAGCCUGAUGCUGGACUAGACUAAAGGAGUAGUACAAGAGCCUGGAUUGUUAAGACUUUAGGGCUUAGUGUAGACUCAGCGCCAUAAAUGAAAUCAUUGUUGAGUUCUUAAAAGAAAGAGAAACACCUGAAGGUGACCACAGUCCCGCCCUUCACAUAGAUUUUAACUUCAAGCUGACCUCAUAGCUUUGCUCGUGCUUUAUAUUAAUCUGGAGAUUAAGCAGGGACAGUAAAGAACCACAUGUUGGAAUUUUAGGUACUGCGUAUUGGUGAUUAAACAGCAUUUCUAUGGCAAGCCAUUUUAACAUUUAAUAGCUGAUAUUGACAACAUUGUGUUGACUCGUCGUAGAUACACUGUGACGAGUUUUUAUUCCAGAUAUCAGUAACGUCAUUCUGGCCAGUCAAACCCACAGUUGGAUAUCUCUGUAAUUCAGUUGGGACUAAUCAGAAUGAUAGCUGCACAAAUGUCAAUUAUGACUAUGCUAAUUGUUCAUCUGAGGCUUCCCAUUACAUGUCGGUCCAGCAAAGCAUCUCAACAGUGCCAGCAGAAGUGAUGGCAGACGCUGUGGCGUGAAAGAUCAUUAGACACCGCUGUGAAGAGCUCAUCAGAAGAGAGUUUGUGGAUGACGAGAGCUUUGUUCAUUAGAGGCUCGUGGUCCAAAUUUAGUAGAACUUGUGCCUCAGGCUGCUCUGACAUGCCGAUGAAACGGCUGUCAUAUGAGGUUGCAGUUGAAGUACCAAAGUAUGUCUGAAGAUCAAAACCGUUGCACUCGUCGUCGCUUCUGUCCUGAUUACAGAUAUCUGCAAUGUCAAAAGUCUAAUUCAUAUCUGUAAUUACAUUUUGACCAGCUACUUACUACGUCAUUCUGAUCUACUCAGACUUCAUUCAUGGUUUUAAAAAGGACAGUGUGCAGUUGUUGUUGAAUUAAGGGAAAAUAAAGAUAUCUUGAACAAGAAUUAUGUCUAUUCAGAAUUAAACUGUAGAUAUCUAAAAGUGGAAUUACAGCUCGUCAUAACUUAGAUGCCGAUAUCUGUAGUGAGAAACACAUGAAUGUAAAAACGGCUUGCCAUAGUUUUCUGUAGCUUUGACUUGAGCUGGAUGUUCCAGAGGGCCAAGCAAACUGAGGGAUUCAUGUCUGAAUCAGACCUGUAUGUAAAAAAAAAAAAGACUAUUUAUAGAGCUGGUGGUUGUUAUGUUUAAGAGAAUCUAUUGUUGUGUGACAGCCAGACACCGAGACACUGACCUCUACUGAUUAUUUUCUGUCGUUUUAGUUCUUCAUGGGCUUUUUGUCCCCGAUGGCUAAAAAAGAAGCAGCUUUGACUUCAGGCGCCUUAUGAAAUCUAGUGAAGUGUAAUUGUGUGCACGUGAAGCCUUUCUCAGAUGGACUGGAGACAUCACAUUUCAAAUUGUAGAUACUAGCGUCUGCCAAGAGCUCACUCCACUGUACGCCGGACACUUAGAGCGCCUCACAGUGACUCUCUUACUUUAUGAUAACAAGUCAUUUAAAGAGCUGACUAUUGAUGUUAUUUGAUCAUGUCUGUGUAGCUCGCUGUGGACAGCAGUCCACAUGAUUAAUCCCCAGAGCCUGAGGAGCAAGUCUUUACAGCUCUGUCAUAUCACAAGGAAAUCUAUGGAACAACAUUAGAGCACUAACGUAACACCUUAGAGUUUACUGUCACUGCUUCUCAAUGCUUAAUGUUGAAAUGUUGAAUUACCACUGAAUUUGGAAACCAUCUAUUUCGGUUUAUGUGGUUCGAUUUAUUCUGAUUAUGUGGCAGAACACACACAUCUCAGAGAAGACGAUUAGCACCAGGAUUUACACAUUAGUGUAAAAAAUGAAUGUGUCUAAUAUUUAAAAAACUGACCUGCACAGAGACUGACUUCAUGAAGGUUUAUUUGUUUUUCAGAAUUGGUCCUUAGUACUGGUAUGAAGGCUGUCCAUUAAACUCUGUGAUAGUAAUCAUGGGAUGACUAUGAUAACGAAGGGAGAAUCCCAGUGUUGUCAUGGUGUUAUCAGAAGUAUAAAUGAGUUAAAGAACAGUGAAGCAGGUGAAGAAAGGCAGCCACCACGUUAACGUUUCCCUUAUAGUGUCAUAAUUCUGACAUAUGUUCUUCAACCAGGAUUUGACCAUAGAAAAUAUAUCAAAGAUGGACGUAACCAUGACUUCAGACAUUGCUUUGUGGACUGCCAUUUUGAAGUCUUGAGUUUGAAAUGUGGCUGUCACCAUCUCUGAAACCAACUGCUGUAAAACAUCUCCAUGCUUUAUCAUUUGUUUUCCUCUAAAUGGGAUUCUAGUUUACUAAAUCAACACCUUGCUGCAUUAAAAAAAGUAUUGCAACUAGCAACUGAGUCCAUAAAGUCAGGUAAAUGUUAACUAAGUUAGCAGAUCAGGUGAGUGGGAGGCUUCUGUACGGCACUUCUGCAUCAUGGCAAUCUUUGAUAUAAAGUUCAAUACAGCGUAAAACUUCAAGUCACCUUCAGCGUACCAGAGAGGAGUUCAAACUACAUAACACUGAUGGGUGGUUUUCAAAGGAAAAUAUAUCAAUGCUAUAUUCAGUGGUAUCUUCACGUCCACAGUAAGGGUUCAGCUGUGGUGACGAUCGGCUCUUAACAAGCUGCUCCAGUUUGCUUCCAUAGACUUGUGCUGAUGUUGUUGCAUGCUGAUUGUGCCUUGUGUACAAUAACAUGUAUUCUGGUAAACUGACUAAUACACCAUUCAAUGGCGACCUGUCUUUAAGGCGUGUAGAUGUAAA